AUGCUGGAAAACAGUACAGAUAGCAACGUGAAUAAAAAUUGGUGCAUGCUGGAGGAAAAAACGGAUUUACGUCGGACGUACGACAUACUGCAGCAACUUGUAAUCGAUCUUCGAGGAGAGCAGUCAUCUGACAGCGAGAUCCAAAGUGAAGAAGAAGACACUUUAGACCAUGAUAUUGUACCAAUUAUUUAUAGUGAAGAUGAAUUUUGA